UGUAGAGAGAUUUUGGAGGAUCAUAUGCUACCAUCCAGACAACAUGUUCUUUAAUGGGAGGCCUUUUAAAAAUGUAAACCCAUUGACAAAUUUGCUGUAUCGAAACAAACUAAUACCACGAAGCCAACUGUUGAGCAACUAAAACUAUAUCAACCAAAACUACAGAAACUGCUCUUUUCAAACACACACGCCAAGCAAACAUCAUCACCAGCCAAACAUCACCCCCCACCUCCCAGUGUCCCUGCUUUCUGGGUAUUACGGUAAUCAGCAUCAUGCUACCAGGAAGGCCAUUGUGUUGUCUCUUUUGUUAAGCUAACCUACUGACCGUGUUGCGCCUUUUUUCCAACACAAAUCUCGGCGGCAGCAAAGUGAAACAUGUCCACAAACAUGCCACCGGGGAGCCUGAAUCUGGAGUCACAGCUUUUGUCCAUUAUGGACGUGCUGGUGAAAGCGGCAGUGGCAGAAAUCAGCCAGCUGUUCUCGGAGAGCUCGGCGUCUCUCCGUCUGCAUUUAACCCAGAGCUUGAAGGAAAACGAAAACCUGAGGACGAGGAUGAAGGUUAUGAGGAGUGAGCUCUUCUCCCUCAGGCUACAAACCAGAACUAAUCGACCAGCGAGCCGCUUUUCUCCCGUCAGAGGAAACAUAACCAAACCACGAGCUAAGCCACAAGUUCUCAUCAAAUCACAAGUGGCUCAAAAGGCGGGUGGGGAAGCUGCUUCUAUCGUCCUGCAGUCGGAGAAAAAGACCACCUCCUCUGCAGCUCAAGUGCAGUGUGCAGAUGUGGAGAGUCCAGAUGUCAUUCUAAUCAAAGAUGAGGAUGAUGUGGGAGGAUGUGGCCCAGAUAUUGGUGAUCAGGGUGACUUUAGAAACCACAGCCUGCAGGGCGGUGUUGCAACAGGAGCUCAGAAUUUGGAGCCAGCUGGUUCCUCUUGCUCAACAGGUGAUAAUGAGGAGCUGAGAAUCGUGUGCGUUCACGGCCGAGGCGAAGGGCCUCUACAGGAUGAAAGUGACACCCUCUUCUCUGCGUCUGAGCUUCAGGCUUUUAGCUCUCUGUCCAACCACAACGUCAGCCACGACAACCUCCUGAAUUUCACCACCGGCGCAAGUGACAGAGCUCCAAUGAGAGUCACACAGGAUAACAGUGCCGGACUGGUGAGAAACAACCAACUUGAAAGAAAUAAUUCCACACAAAUGGCUCCGACAGCAUUGAACCCUGGAUUGAAAUCACCACUAGUAGUAACUGAGGGUCAGGUGGGGCACCCCAGUCACAUGAGCCAGUUCCCACAGCAGCAGAAUGUCUUCCCUCACACCGCCAACAAAUCCCUGGACUGCAACUUCUGUGGCGAGCGCUUCCACAGCCGCGAAGACCUCAUAGUACAUCGCGCGAGUCACACCGGGGAGUCUCCGGUCCCUUGCUCUCUGUGCGGCAAGUCGUUUGUCAAUAAGACCACACUUAGCAUCCACAUGCGCAUUCACACGGGCGAGAAGCCGUACGCAUGUGCGCAGUGUGGAAAACGCUUCACGCAGAACGGCAGUCUGAAGAUCCACCUGCGGACACACUCCGGAGAGAAGCCGUACACCUGCAGUCAGUGCACAGCCAGUUUCAACAACCCCAGCAACCUUCGCAGACACAUGAUCACACACACCAACGGGACGCUCUGACCCCAACGGAUUAGAAAGACUUGAUAGACUUUGCAGUUUAGAAGCACUUUUACUGUCAUUUGUGCCACAGUGUAAAACUGUUUUGGAUCACGCGCACUUGUAGAUUCCAGGUACGCUGACACAAACAAGCAUGAUCGCUGUUCAGAUUUUUUAAUUACAGGAAAACCGUCUUUCUAUUCUCGAGCGUGCACAACAGAUCCUCAAAUGAAGACACUGAAAUAAAGAACCAUGUCACAGUUAGCAGUGGGUGACUGUGGAUUACUUCUGUUUUGGUUAUCAUUUAAAGCCUGAACCACAAAAUAAUUGCCAAAAAAUGUUUAAUGAAAUUACUGAACCUUCCGACGAGUUUUUAAAAAUAAUAUUUGAAUAUUAAUUUGCAUAUAUGAGUCUAACUUUGUUUCAUAUUUUUUGGGAUUAAUACCUUAAAAAUGUAAUGUGCAAUUUAUUUAGGUUUGUCAGGGGGGAAAAAUUGCACUAGAAGUCUCCGAAAAUGCUGUCAAAUAUAAUACGCUACGCAUUUUUGGUUAAAGCGCAUUUUAUAGCACACUUUUGUACUGAUAAAACACCACGACAAGACUGUUUGUGGCCAGAUUUGAGUUUUUCUGAAUUUUAUUUAUGCACCACAUUCAAUACAGUGUUAGAAAGCAUUCCAGCUCAAUGAUUUGCCCACUGCAGGAAACUGAUAUUUAUUAAAUUUCUGUUUUCUGACCCCA